UAUUCAAUAUCAGUUAUAAUAGACACGUUGUUUGUGUCUAUUUAUAGACUUCCUUUUCUCUUCCUCAACUUUUUCAUCAACAUGGCAACACCCAUGGGUCAAAUCCCUCUCCGUACCUGUACUGAACACAAGGGGAGACCACUGGAACUUUACUGUGAGAAAUGUGAUACGCUGGUCUGUUAUAAAUGUCUGUUAUCUACUCACAAAGGCCAUAAUGCUUGUGAACUCAGCGAUAUUACUCCUACAAAGAAACAAGACAUUCAAAACUUUAUUGACAAAACUGAACAAAAUGACCUAGUACAACUUAGGGAAUACAUCAAAUCUACUGAUACACUUCUUAAAGACAACACCAGCAAUUUUCAGAAUCUAUCAGACAAGUUGAAAAUGCAAACAGACAAAUUAAAGAAAGACCUCGACUUGCUAACAGCACAUACGCUCUCUGUGUAUCACAAAAUGGAGGAGGAUAAUACCAAGCUAAUACAGAAAUACAAACAUGACCUUGAAAUGUACGACAAGCAACUCAGACAACAAAUUCAAGAAUGUAAAGCAGCACUCCAGCAAGGUUCUCACAAAGAAAUCUACGACACAGGAUGUGAAAUUCAUUCCCAAAUAAGUCUCCCUGUAAAACCUGUCCUGGGUACUGCCAGUUUUACUCCAAACAAAACCCCUCAACAUCACCUAGAACUGGCCUUAGGGAAAAUUGACACCUUAGAUCAAGGUCAAUUAGCUUCAACUGACCAGGAUGAGUCAGUCAGGACAUCUGGUGGUCAGAAACCAUCCUCUACAUCACAACAGUCAGAACUAAAAGGAAAGAAAACAGCGACUAUGUACAAACUACUGCCACAGACCAAAGUGUUGAAGGAGUGGAUGUCUGCUGUUGGUAUUAAUUCUAUAUGCCCCACCACUGAUGGUCAGGUGUGGACCAGUUUUAACAGUAACACAUUAACUCUCCUGGACAGGAACGGGAGAGUAAUACAGCAGGUCAAACACAAAGCUUACAUCAACAAAAUAAGUCUGUCACCAACAACACACACGUUGUGGGUCUGUGAUACAGAAAACAACAUCAUGGAGCUGGUAUCAGGACAACUAAUACACAGAUUCAGUACCAAGGAGUAUCCCAUGUGUAUCUGUGUUACUGCCUGUAACCAUGUCAUUGUGGGGAUGACCGACGACAUCUCCAAAUUUACCACACAAGGUCAUAUGGUACUCAUUACAAGUGUUACAGGGACUGGGAAGCCAUUGGUGUGUACACCAUGGAGGAUCUCAGAGUGUCCUGUCACUCACAAUGUCGCAGUGGUUGAUUGGAAUAAUCAGUAUGAUGGUGGUGUUGAUGGGAUAGAACAUGUUAUUGUUAUGGACUCUGAUUUCAAGGAACUGUUUGUAUAUAGAGGUGACAUCCCCAGUACAUAUAAACAAUUACCACAUAAAGGAGCUGAACCAUUUAACCCCUGCAGUGUGGUGUAUGACAGUGUGGGGAACAUUAUCAUAGGGGAUCGUUACAACAACAGAGUCCUACUCAUCAGUGGACGUGGUGAGUUCCUCAGGAUCAUACACACAGACAGAUACAAUACAAUGGCUGUAGGUGUAGACAGGGAGGAUGUCCUGUGGGCAGUGUUUGGUGGGUGUAAUGUUAAACUACUACAGUACAGCAGUGUGUGACUCCUGUGACAAAACUAGUAGGUAUAUAGUUACCAUGACAACACAGAGUCAGACCAACAAAACUGACCACAAUUAACAACCAGUCAACAUUCUACCCUGAUUGUACAUCAUCAUAAUCAAUAUCUAUUCAACAUUCUAGUGAUUUUUUGUUAUUAUGAUCAUCAGGGAAAAUUCACAUUCUAGUGAGAUAAAUUAAAUUCAUUCUCAUCAAAGUCUGCGUGGGGAACAAUUUUGUUAAAGCAAACUAAAUUUGCUACAAAUCACUAAAUUGAACUCCUCUAUCUAUGAUAUUCAUUUUAUAGUGUGAGGC